AUGCGAGAGCGUUUGAAGGAUAUCCCGGAAUCGGCGGGGCAAACAGUCAAAAAAGAAUUACUUGACAUAUUCGAGAGAUUGCCAGAGAUGGAGGAGCGUGAAAUUGCGAUAAGUAAGCUGGCGGAGCAGACAGUGACAGAAUGGGACACAGUUGAGCAUUCUCUUGUCGUAAACGAAGAGGAAGACGAGAAACAGAGUGCAAGGAUCGCCAACGGCAUCAUUUCUCAGCGUUGUUAA